CUCUACAUGCUGCAGUCCUCUCUGGUCAUGUUAGCACAGUGAAGCUUCUGUUGAAAUAUGGGGCACAAGUGGAUGCCAUGGAUGUGAUGAAACACACACCACUUUUCCGGGCUUGUGAAAUGGGCCAUAAAGAAGUGAUCCAUACACUCAUUGAAGGUGGUGCAAGAGUUGAUUUGCUUGACCAAGAUGGUCAUAGUCCUUUGCACUGGGCCGCCCUUGGUGGGAAUGCAGAUGUCUGUCAGAUCCUGAUUCAGAAUCUGAUCAAUCCCAAUGUGCAGGAUUAUGCUGGAAGAACACCUUUGCAAUGUGCUGCAUAUGGAGGUUACAUUAAUUGCAUGGCGGUACUCAUGGAAAACAAAGCGGAUCCCAAUAUACAAGACAAAGAG